AUGGGUGCGGCAGGCGCCGAGCCCGUGGCUGCCGUGGCGGUUGUAGCGGCCCCCGAGGCCGUGGCCGCGGUUGGGUCGCCCGCAGCCCAGAGCUUCAGCCAAGUGCUGCUGUCCACACUGGGCGACUGCCAGCUGGCGGUGUCCGUGUACCCCACCUUUAGCUACAACGCUGCGGGCGGCGGCGGCACCGGUACGGUGCGUGCGCGCGACGACGGCCUGCUGCAGCUGGUCUUUGACCCCUCCACGCUGAACAUCCCGCCCAUCAACUACCAGCAUGCCGCCAUCAUCGGCAUCCCCGUGCCGCCCCCGCUCAACAUCGCCAUCGUGCCGCAGCGGCUGGAGGGCACGCUGGACCCGGCCACCGGCCGCCUGGAGCUGGACUUUCUGGCGUCGUUUGAGUUCAGCGCGGGCCCCCUGUACCGCGCCUCUCCUCUCACGGUGGCCACCACGCUGACCACGGAGACCUCAGAGGGGGCGCUGCGGCGCGGCACGGGGCAGCGGCUGCGCGGCGACGGGCGGGCGCGGCUGGUGGGCGUGGCGCGCGUGCCCCCCACCCCCGACGCCUUCCUGAACACGUUCCUCAUGCUGCCCACCGAUGCGCUGGCGGUGCUGUCCGCCGAGCUGACCUUCUCCUGA